UACCGGCGACUGUGGACGGGCUGGAGAGUGGGCCGGAGAGCUGGCUGCCUCCGCCACUUAGCCGAGUCGCCACCGUCAGUGGGGAGAUGGAGGGCCCGGGUCUGGGCUCGCAGUGCAGGAAUCACAGCCAUGGCCCCCACCCUUCAGGAUUUGGUCGACACGGAGGCUGCGCACACGAGAACAAAGAACUUGCCAAGGCGAAAGAAGUUCUUCCUCUUAUAGAGGACUCCAGUAACUGUGACAUUGUAAAAGCUACUCAAUACGGGAUUUUUGAACGAUGUAAAGAGUUGGUAGAAGCAGGAUAUGAUGUCAGGCAACCAGACAAAGAAAAUGUGUCACUUCUUCAUUGGGCUGCUAUUAACAACAGGCUGGAUCUUGUAAAGUAUUAUAUUUCAAAAGGUGCUGUGGUAGAUCAGUUGGGUGGAGAUUUAAAUUCAACUCCUCUUCACUGGGCCAUCAGGCAAGGGCAUUUACCUAUGGUCAUAUUAUUACUGCAGUACGGUGCAGACCCCACUCUCAUCGAUGGGGAAGGAUUCAGCAGCAUCCACCUGGCAGUGUUAUUCCAGCACAUGCCCAUCAUAGCGUAUCUCAUCUCAAAGGGACAGAGUGUGAACAUGACCGACCUAAAUGGGCAGACGCCUCUCAUGUUAUCAGCUCACAAAAUACUUGGGCCAGAACCAACUGGAUUUCUUUUAAAGUUUAAUCCUUCCCUCAAUGUGGUUGAUAAAAUACAGCAGAACACCCCGCUUCACUGGGCAGUGGCAGCAGGAAAUGUCACUGCAGUUGAUAAGCUUUUGGAAGCUGGUUCUAGCCUGGAUAUCCAAAAUGCUAAGGGAGAAACACCUCUUGAGAUGGCUCUACAAAGUAAAAAUCAGCUCAUUGUUCACAUGCUGAAAACAGAAGCCAAAAUGAGAGCCAACAAAAAGUUCACGCUUUGGAGGUGGCUGCAGAAAUGCGAGCUCUUCCUGCUGCUGAUGCUUUCUGUGAUUACCAUGUGGGCUGUUGGAUACAUAUUGGACUUCAAUUCAGAUUCUUGGCUUUUAAAAGGAUGUCUUCUAGUAACGUUGUUUUUUCUGACAUCUUUGUUUCCAAGGUUGCUGGUCGGGUAUAAGAGCCUUGUAUACUUACCGAUGGCCUUUCUGCUAAGUUCCAUUUUUUGGAUGUUCAUGACUUGGUUCAUCUUAUUCUUUCCUCAUCUAGCAGGCACUCCUUUCUAUUUUGCUUUUAUUCUCAGCAUAAUAGGCUUCCUUCACUUCUUCUACAAGACUUGGGCAACGGAUCCAGGCUUCACUAAGGCUUCUGAAGAAGAAAGGAAAACGAACAUCAUCACCCUCGCAGAGACCGGCUGUCUGGACCUCAGGACAUUCUGUACGUCGUGUCUAGUAAGGAAGCCGCUAAGGUCACUCCAUUGCCCUGUGUGCAAUUCCUGUGUCGCUCGAUACGAUCAACACUGCCUCUGGACUGGACGCUGCAUAGGUUUCGGCAACCAUCGCUAUUACAUAUUCUUCUUAUUUUUCCUCUCCAUCGUGUGUAACUGGAUUAUAUAUGAAUCUUUCAUGUAUUGGUCAAAUCAUUGUGCUACAACGUUCAGAGAAGAUGGACUGUGGACCUACCUCAAUCAGAUUGUGGCGUGUUCCCCUUGGGUUUUAUAUAUCUUCAUGCUAGCAGUCUUCCAUUUCUCAUGGGCAACAUUUUUAUUAUUAAAUCAGCUCUUUCAGAUUGCUUUUCUGGGCCUGACCUCCCACGAGAGAACCAGCCUGCUGAAGCAGAGCAGGCACAUGAAACAGCCGUUGUCCCUCAGGAGGACACCAUACAACCUGGGCUUCACACGGAACCUCGCGGAUUUCUUCCAGUGUGGCUGCUUUGGCUUGGUGAAGCCCUCCACUGUGGACUGGACGGCCCAGUACACCAUGGUCUUCCACCCGGCCAAGGAGAAAGUGCUUCGCUCCGUGUGAAGCAAAGCAACUCCACGCUCUCCAAUUGGUUUGUGUUUGCGUUCACGCCCUGGUGUAAAAAUGAAGAUACAGAGUUCACCUAAGCCCAAAGGAAAACACAGGUGGUUUUUAAAGUCAUUUGGUGAAAACAGUUCUUGAUAAAGGCAUUAUACUUUUUUAGAUUUAGCCAGAGCAGUCUUGGCAAACAUCUAAAAAAAAUUUUUAUAUUUUUUUGCAGAUGCAAGUUACUUUGGGGGGCAGGGGUAAUAAUAUUCACUAAUUAUGGAUAAAAUGUGGUAUUUUCAGAUACUUUAUUGGCUGUUUCAAAAUAGUACUGUUCUUUCAACUUGUAAUUUUUGAUAAAUUAUUUGUCUUUGUUUUAUCUAUAAAUGUGUAAAAAUAUUUAAAUAGAUAAUACUGUUUUGCUUUCACACUUAAUAAAAUUUUUUUUGUAGUUGUGUAGUUUCUGAGACUUAACACUUUUAGAAUGUUAAAUUGAGGAAAGGUGUAUAUGCAAGACAAACUGACCCAGGAUUCCAGUCCUGAGUUGAAAGCGCUGCUAAGAACAAUAAGCAGAAUUUAAUUUAGUUUUCCAUCUUACUGAGAAAAUUGAACAUAAUUCUUAAAGGUUAAUUAUUAUUUUUACCUAGUACCCCCCUAAAUAUUAGACUGUUGUGAUUAUAAUUGCCAAUUUAUUCUGGAGGAAAUGCUAAUUGAACUUCGACUCUCAGAGAGGUAUAUACUCAUGCCCUUGGGCAGGUCCCUUUCCUGCCGGAAAACCCUUCCUUAGGUUCCCCUUGCUCUUGGGGGGAAAUCUAGGAGGCCCAGAGGAACAGAGCCUCGUUUGGCUUACCAGGCACACCCUGACCCAGCGUCGUUCUCGAACCACGCUCAGCAGAUGAGAAUCUGAAGAAGUCUGUGCCUUCUCCAAGGUCACGUACCUGCAGAGUGGGGCGAGCGUCACUCCAGAGUCCCGAUCCCCUAGAAUACUGCCUGGCACCUAUGUGCUCAAUAACUGCGUGAAUGUGUUGAAUCAGUGCAGGACGUGAUCCGACCAGAAUGGGGUUUGGAGACCGAAUCUCAGCUGGGGGACAGAAGGACUUUUUCCAGCUCUGGCCUUCCUCCUUUCCUUCCUCAUUUAGAUGUCUAAUAUGUAGCUUAGACUUAACAUGUCCAGAAUUGAAGCUGCACUUCUGAGUUUACCCUAUCUUCUCCCCCUACCACACACAUAUAGAUUUUAAAAAUAGAUGGAAACAUCUAAUACAUUCUAAAAUAAAUGAAAAGUGAACAACUCUGUUCCUGACCCUCAGUCUUCUUCAUAUCUUGAUCAGAAGCGCCAUCCUUUCAUUUACUCAGGCCAAAACCUUAGUGUCUUUUCCUGAAUCGCCCUCUGUCUCAUAAUACCCAAGAUUCACUUCUGUAAGAAACCCUGGCUCUCUCUAGAAUAUACCCAGCAUUGCAGGCUUUGGGCCCCCUUCACCGCUAUGGGUGCCAGCUCCCAUCACCUCUGGUCUGCGACUUACCACAGUUUUCUUGUUUUGUCUCCCUCCAGCCUUACUGGGCUCUAAGGAGUCCAAGUGAUCCUUGCAAAAGACAAGUUGAAUCACGUCACUCCUCAGCGUGGAACCUUCUUCCGCUGGCUCCUUGUUUUACCCAAAGAGGAGCCAAAGCCCUGACCGCAGCUGACAGGGCCCUAUGGGCUCUGGCUGCUACUCCUGCAGCCCCAUGUUGACCCCACACACCUGCCAGGCAUGCUUUUGCCUCAGGCCUCUGCCUGCCUGUUCUCUGUGCCUGGAAUCCCGGCCCCAUAUCCAUAGGGGCCAGUGCCUUGCUUCCCAGCAUAUUUUACAUGUCAGUUUUUCAAAGAGGCCUGUGCUCACUAACAUUUUAUAAUUUGUAAUGUCCGCCUCUUGGACUCUUCUCUUUAUUUUUUUUUCCUAUAGCACUUACCACCUUCUAACAUUGUAUAAUAUGUUAUGUCUACUGUAUGCUGUCUUCCUGUCCAACCCUUAGACUAUAAGGUCCACAAGGGAGCUUCGUUUCAUUCACUGGUGUAUCCCAAGACCUAGAAUAUUGCCUAGCACUUAGUAUGUGUUCGAGAUAUAUUUGAGUUAAUGUGGAAUGAAUUGAAGGCUUUUAAAGUAGAACGUAAUGUGAUCAGAGUUGUAUUUGAAGACUGAUUCUCUGCUGGGAGAGGGUCAGAUGGAUUUUUCAAGUUACAUUUUCUCCUCCUCUCUCACCAACCCCUACCAAGCUCUCCACUUGUGGUCUGUAGACAGUUUACAUUAGAAUCGCAGGCCAGGGUGGGGUGGGGCAUGCGGGGUGGCAUCCAGGAGUCCAGGAUCGUGUGCUUCAAGUUUGAAUUCCUCAUCCCAGACCUUCCAGAUCAGUGUCUGAGGAGUGAAUUCUGGAAUCCACAUUGCCUUCAGGUUCCCCACGUAAUUCUUAUGUGUACAUGCUAUGGUUUGGGAAUCAUUUUUGCCUAGGAAAUCUUACCUCUACCAUUCUAUUUUUGGCUUUUCUCAAAGGUACACAGUGUAAAGUUUAAAAAAACAGUUUGAGAAUCAGUGUUUUAUAGCUUAGACACCUUGAGUUUGAAUUCUGUAUCUACCACUUACAAGGUACUUUUACUCUUUGGGCAAAUGACUUGACUUCCUGGUGCCUCAGUUUCCUCAUUUGUAUUAUGGGGAUAAUAAUGGUAUAGACCUCAAAAUGUUGUUAAGAGGAUUAAAAGUGUUAAUAUAUAUACAGUACUUAGAAUGGUAACUGGCACAGAGUAAGAAUUUAAUAAAUGUUGAUUAUUCAAAUCUUUGGAAAACGAGAGAGAGAAACUAAUGGUAGGGGAAUGUGCCAAAUUCACCCUUUCAUCUUCUGCAUUGUGUGUUCUGGGGCCAGGAUUCUGAAAACUGUCUCCUUGCCAGCUGACUUUCUACGACCUUCCGCCAGUAGACCGGAAGGAAGAAAGAGGGGAGGAGGAAGUUACUCCUUGGUCCUUGGUAGCUAUUGCUCUCAGUGGCCCCUCACCCUGACAGUGACAUUUGGAAUCAGUGCCUAGUGUUUGCCCCAGAGCAGCUCCAUUUUGCACCUUAGAAGCACCAGCAGUAACCAGGCAAGGCUUUUUCCUCAGAGGUCUGAUUCCUAGUCCCAGGGGGACCUCGAGUCAGGCAUCCAAGUUAGGGUACCCCCAUCUGGUCUCUCCCUGCCCCAGCGGUGGUAGCUGCUUCCUGCUUUAUCUCUGUGUUAAGUCAGAGUGUUCUUUACAUUUCCAGAAAUAUUAGCAGCUGUUUGGCCAACUCCCUCUAUUAUUUUGUUUAUGUAAAAAAAAAAUUCAUGUGGUUUCUGUUUUUCUGACUGGGCCCUGACAGAUAGAGGGUGUUAGAGAUAAACUUUUAAUAAUGGGCUAGGCAAGAAGUAGUGAAGACCAAAGUGCGAUCUGGCAGGCCCAGAUCACCGGCCGAGUGUGGGGGAAGAGGAGGAGGAGGAGGAAUCAAAGAUGACUUUGAGGUGCUGAGCGCAGUGAGGGAGAGAAGGAAGGAAAACAGUGGCGAGGCUAGUGAUGAGUUUGGUGGUUGGGGCCUAUUGUUCGAGGUACUCGUAAGAUAUACAGUGGAAAAGUCGAGGACGCAGCUGGAAAGAGCGCAGAGGCACCUGCACAGGUGGAUGAGAUCAUCGCAGGAGAGAGGUAAAAAAAAAUGAGAUGAAAAUCAAAGGGGAGCUUCCUUCCUGAAAUGAAAACAUCACUUCGAAAGAGACCAAAGGCAACAGUUGGUGAAAACAGAACAAAGUGUGAGCCCUGGCCGGGCAGCGCAGUUGGUUGGAAAGUUGUCCCGUGUACCAAGAGUUUAUGGGUUUGAUUCCUAGUCAGGGCACAUGCCUAGGUUUCGGGUUUGAUCCCUGGUCGGGGUGUGAACGGAAGGCAAUCCAUCAGUGUUGCUCACAUCUAUGUUCCUCUCCCUUUCUCUCUAAAAUCAAUAAAAACCGACAUCCUCAGGGGAGGAUUAAAGAAAAGUGUGAGAGAGAGGAAAAGAGAGGCAUGUGAGCUUAUGGAAUAUGGAUUUAAGAAAUAUGGAGAGGGAGGAGGAGAGGACUGGGAGGAGGUUGGGUAAGAGGAUAAUCAAGAAAUUACAGUGCUGGGAUUCAAGAAGAAGAAUUCAUGUCAAAGAGGAAGCAGUCAGUGGUCAGGAGCGAAGGAGAAGUGAGAAAAACAACUGAAGCAAGACGGGGGGCUUAUGAUUUAGGGGGUGGGGUGGGGUGGGGUGGCAGCGAGGAAGGCAAUCAGAAGCCAGAUGCUGAGAUACUAAGGGGUAAAUGGAUUCUAGUCUUGCAUACAGUUUGGCUCUGAAAGGAGAGAAGGCCACACCUUGAGGAUGAAUAGAGAUGUUGUUUCUGUCCUGUUUUAAAGCUAAGACAAACCCAGUCACGUUAUUCAGGCCCAGAGGAAUGCGACUAUUAGGCUCUCUUGCUGUGACUUAAUGUCUUUCCUCAAAUAUCUGUAUAGUCACCUAAGACAUGAGACAACUGAAUCAUUUUUACAAAAUUUUGAUGUAAAUGGACUGGACCAAAUGGACGGGCACCAAACAGUGAGAAGUGGAAUAUCUCAGCCGUAACACAUCCAGUGUUUCAGGUGAGUGUUGGCCCAGGAGCUAGCGCUGUGCUACACAUCCCCUAAAUCUCAGUGGCUUCACACAGCGCGAGGCAUGUUUCUCCUCUUGUGUCAGUCCAUCUCGCUGUUAGCAGGUGUUCUUCCAUGCAGGGCCCCAAGCUCCUUUCAAACCCGGUGGCUCCGCCAUUUCCUAGGGCCUCGGGGUCCCCUGGGCCCGCUACAUUCACUGACAUGGAGAGAACGGAGACUCUCCCAGAGGACUUGGAGGGACGACCUCCGUUGGCUGACUGAGUCCCGCGUCCCGGUCUGUGGCGGGGAGCGUGGGAGACGUGGUUGGAGCCGUGCCCCUGAGGCAGAGGAGAAACAUGAAGACUGCAGGACCGCAUUAAGGUUCUUUCUUUGUUUUGUUUUUUCCUCCCCAUGCUCCUUCACUCCCCUAGAUAAUAGACUUUUCUUUGAAAUCCGUGCAGAAUUUGCAUUUAGUCCUGCCGACACUCUCUUCCACUUCACUCCCUCAACAAAGGUUGGUUAAGUGCCUGCUAUUUGUUGAGCACUGUGAAGGCAAGUGUGCCACAUUCUAACAAGGUGGCAGGCAGGUGGGAAUUCAAAAUCUCAAUGCAACGAGUGCCGUGUUCUACCCUGGCUGUGGGAACGCAGCCGUGGAUUAAUUCUCAGGCAGUUCAGCAAAGAUUUUGCAGAGGAAAUGCCGUUUGGACCUGUGACUCGAGUUCGCCAGGCUAAGGAGCUAGGUGAGAGGGUCAGGAUGGAGGGGUUCCAUCUUCCAGACAUUUCCAGGCAAAAAGAAUAGCAGCGGCAAAGCAACGGCAUGAGGGCACUUGGCAUAUUUGGAAAGCUUCAAGUGUAGGUGGAGCUUAUAUGGAAGAGAUUGUCUAAAACUCGGUUGAAGGGAUAAGUUCAAGUCCAAUUCAUGAAGGUCCUUAUAGGACAUGCUGUUAUGGGCUGUUAUGUAUCCCCCCCAAUUUAUAUGUUGAAGUCCUAACUCCUAGGACCUCAGAAUGUGACUGUUUGGAGAUAGGGUCUUUACAGAAAUGAUUAGAUUAGAAUAAGGUCAUUCGAGUGCUCCCUAAUCCAACAUGACUGGUGUCCUUAGAAGAAAACACUAUUAGGACACACAGACACACAGAGAAGACUACAGGAAGACUCCGGGAGAAGGCAGUCAACCACACUCCAAGGAGAGAGGCCUCAGAAGAAACCAGCUCUGCCGCCACCUUGAGCUCAGACUUCUGGCUGCCGAAACUGCAAAAACGUCAUUUCUGUCGUGUGAGAUAUCCAAUCCCUGUACUUCGUUAUGGAAGCCCUAGCAGGGGAGUGUAGAGUACAUACCAAAGAAUAAGAACAGAGAGGAUGUGUUCUAGAGACACUGCGGAGUCAGAAUCAGGGAGGCUCAGGGAGUGAGGCCGGGAGGGGUGAGGGAGAGGGCAAAGCUAAGGAUGACUGCAGGUUCUAGCUUCGGUCCCCUGGGUGGACGGCUGGUGGGGCUAGUCACUGACGUGUGGUGGCAGAGGAGAAGGCGGCAUCGUCUGGCAGUCCCAUCCCACAUGCGCCUUACCCCUUUGCAAGCCUGGAAGUCUCCAGUGUAGGGACUUCUUCCCAAAGAACCAGGGUUGUAUGUUGCUUUCGAAGUCGGUGCAGGUUGAAGGGGACUAGAUUUAGUUGGUUCAGUUGAUCCCUGGUAUUAAUUAUUCAAUUGACAAUGAUGGGAUCUCUUAUACCACUCUGAUUAAAAAAAAAAAACUAACAAGUGCACAAAUUAAAAAUACAUUGCCCUAUGCUUCCAUCCCCAGAGAAUGUAAAAUGUACACCCUCCGGCUGCUCCGGCGGAGCCCAGCGGCUAAGUCACCCGGUGCAAGUCUCGAAUUGCAUGAUGGUGGGGAAAAAGCUGUGGUGUUUAAAGUGGAAGCUGGACAGACGUUCUUAAUUGGCUGCUUUUCAUUUGCCAGCCUGGCAAUGGGAUGUAAGGGAAGUUUUCAGAAAAUUGCUGAACCCUCGGGAAUUGUUCCAGAAUAAAAGAAAAUCAUCCUCUUAUCAUUGGCGACACGAGUCAACGCCACACUUCAGUGCCUUUUCUGAAUUUCCACAGGAUGCGUCGCGUUGCAAAGCCUGUAGAGGGACAAAAGGAUCCACUCCUCAGCAGUUUUCUUCGUUUCGAUUUUCCUUCUUGAAUGUGCUAUCAUGUUGUCUGUUUCCACCCGGACCCCCGUUUUUCUGUCUGCUCAGCCGACGGAUUUGGGAAGAUUGCUUUCCUUUGUUCCCAUGUCCUCAUUCCUUCCCCGCUUGACACCAAAAUGUCUUAUAUUCUUUGCAGCAAGUUUUUCAAACUAUGUUUCCAUUUUUGAAAACUUUCCUCUGUUUGAAAGAAAAACUCCAGGCAUUCAAGGUACUGAUAAAGCGUUUAUUGCCUCUCCCGUCCCCGGUAUCAUCAAUAAUAAAACACUUGUUACAGAUUAAACUCUUAAUAAUUUUCUUCCAAAGAUCUCUUCCAACCUUGGGUUAGAAGGACUGUGAUCACUUCUGAAGAGAAAUACUGUCCAGCUACCAACAAGAAGAUGCCUGGGGACAGGUGUCCAUGGGUCAGGGUCACGUGGAAAAUGUCUCAGGCUGACGAAAGACCUGAGAACGGACGCACUGUUCACUCUUUCUUCUCCGUUUGCUGUGUGAGGCCUCCAAACCCAAUGCCUGUAGGGCCAAAGUUUUUGGCAUAGCAGACUGUGAAAGAAAACAGGAGAGAGGAGAGAGAAUGGGUUGGUUAGCACCAUUAUUUCAGUCCCUUCUGUCGAUACAGUUCCUUCACCUUGAGAUGCAUCCUUUUGAUGAAUGUAUUUAUAAGAUAAUUUGUAAGUAAUUGGAACACUUCAUUUUAGCGUAAAAGUAGUUUACAGUCAUACCUCGGUACUUGUGGGCUUCAAAAUUUGUCAAACCCUGUACUCGGUGCAUUUUGACAGAAAAAAAAAAACAUGUUUCAGCACGAGGCACUCACUUGGGACUCCUCACAACUGGCUAUAACUCGUAUGAGUCACUGUGCUGCCCGCAAGGGAAAAGGCUCCAUCAUUUGGCACUCAUCGGUUUUGGCACUCGGAGUUCUGGAAUGAGUUAACAACACGUACCAAGGUACCACUGUAGAGUUCUUUGCGCCUCACUGUGUUCACUGACAUUUCCUCAUUUGAGUCGACAUCAUCUGGCUCCUGCCCAGCCUUGCCUGCCCCCCGCCUCUCCGGGCACAUAGUGGGAUGCCCCCACCUUCGGGCCUUUGCACCCUCUGCUUCCUGUUCCCGGAAUGCCCCCUCCCCAACCCCCAUUCAUUCUUCAAGGUCCAGGGGAAGCUUGUCCUCUAGGAAGUCUUCCCUAACACCCCGCGCUGGUCACUUGCCUCUUCGUACGCUACUGCAUCAUGUAUAGUCUGCUGCUAGGGCUUUUUCACUUGGACAAGCAAUGAUUGGUCUAAUGUUGCUCUCCCUGCUGCUUACAGAAACAUUUUAGGUGUUUUUGGCCUCUGAGUGCUAAGGACAGUCUUGCGUUUUCUACUGCCAGGAGAAGGCAACCCCCGUGUAUCACUCAUCACGGGAAAAGUUUUGGCAACCUCCAGUCUUGGUGAGGAAUGUCCCCCCUCCCUCUGGCCCCGCUCAGUGUUCCUCUCAUCCCACCUGGAGAUCUUGAGGCAUCACCAUUAAGUGAGAGGGCGGGGGACCCCCCCCACCCGCUGAGAAACAAUAGGCCUAGGAGAGGCUCUGGGGUUGAGGCUGCAUCACCCCCUUCCUUUUGUAGCAUCAGGAAAGCGCUAUGGCUCUGCUACCUCCCCACGAAAUGAAGGGAUCAUGGAGGCAGCUAGGGCAGGGCUGGGAGGACCAGGAGGAAGACCCACUUGUUGAUUCUAUCUCUAUUAGUAAAGGGUGUGCAA